ACGAGUGAAAACGACCUGGUGAAAAGACCGAUAUUGGUGCAUGAUUUCCCGAGAAAUAAAAAUCAACGAAUGUAUCCAAUCGUCACUACUGCUUAUCCAAGGCUGGACCAAUGGUCGGCAAGUAGCACGAGGCUAUCAACCAGCCGAAUGUAACAGCACCGUCAACCAAGUUAGUUGGCGAAACCUUCGAGCUGUAGCUAUCACAUCCUUGAUCAUUGUCAACCAACACCUCCUGCAGUCGUCAACAAACUCUGAUCCUCAACUGGGCUGACUAUCAUGUACACUUCCAUCAUUCGCAUCUGUGUGGCCUGCGCACUCUUUGCUGUGACCUUCGCCGAGAUACCAUCGUACAUAAAAAUAUGUAAUCGAAAGGAUCCAGACAUAAAUAAUUGUGUAUUAAAUUCAAUUGAGCAAUUACGAAGCAAAUUGAAGACAGGAAUUCCAGAAUUAGAGGUUCCAGCAAUGGAACCGCUUACAUUAAAACAUAUACGGCUAUUGAGAGGUCCUCAAGCUGCAAGGCUCGAUGUCAACCUUACAAAUAUACAGAUAUUUGGGCCAUCAAUGUUUAAAAUCCGAGAUUUAAAAAUUGACCCGGAUAAUGUGUUUAUUACUUUCAAAGUUGGCUUCCAAAAACUUGACUUCCGAAGAAAAUAUCAAAUAAAUGCACAAAUUCUUUUGCUGAACAUAGUUGGAGAUGGAGAUCUCACUGGAUCUUUCCUUGGUUACGAUAGUGACUGUUUGAUGAAAAGUCAAAAAAUUGUUAAAAAUAACAAUACAUAUGUGAACUUUGAAAAGAUGAAAAUUAAAAUCAAAAUAAACAAAGCUGUACUCAAUUUUGAAAAUCUAUUUGGUGGCGAUUCUGUUCUUGGAUCAGCGAGCAACGAAAUUUUGAAUUCAAAUAGCGACUUCAUAAUAGAUGAAAUAAAACCAGUACUAGAAGAUAGCUUGUCAGAUCUCUUCACAAGAAUUGCAAACAAGAUCACCUUAAAGUUCACAUACGACGAUUUGUUCCCGAAUAAUUAAUCUUUUU